AUGGUAGAGGAAAACGAAGCUAAGCGUGUGAAGGCAUUCAGAUUCGACCCUUUUGAUGAAGAGCUUAUCACUGAUUAUCUCAAGCCAAAGAUCAUGGGAGAGCCACUCCCCUGCAACACUGUCAAGGACAGGGAAAUUUACGGUCCCUCGUGUAGUCCGUGGCGUGUUUUUGAUCCUGAUGAUCAUAGUUCUUGGCUUAAAUCGCCUCAUGUCAAGGCAAGUGAGAAGUUUAUGUAUGUGUUUGCCAGGUUGUCGAAGAUAUCAAGCAGCAGUGGGUUGAAAAAUACGUCGAAGAGAGCUGGUUGUGGGACUUGGGUUGGGAAGAAUAAGAGGGAUAGGAUCAAGGAUGGGGAGGGUAAUUUGAUUGGAGAGAAAAGAUAUUUGGUGUUCGAGAUCAAUGAGGUUGAUUGUGGAGAAACAGGGGCUGGAUUUUAUAGUAUGCAUGAGUAUAGCUUGAGUGGAGUGAAUGAGGGUUUGGAUUCUGCGGGUACUACUGUUCUUUGUAGAGUUACUUAUGAUUCUGCUAAGAAAGCCACGAUUUCUCCUAAGCCUGGUGCAAGAGUUGCUGGUCAUGUUUCAGCAAGUGGUGGUCAGGGGGGAGAUAAGAAAGAAAUUGACAGCAAUAAUCUGGAGGGAGCUGCUGCUCAUGUUUCAGCAAGUGGUGGCCAAGAGCGUGAUAAGAAAGAAAUCGACAGCAAGAAUCUGGAGGGAAGUAGCAUUGUGACUGCGGAAAAUGUGGCUGUGUUUGAUUGUGGAGUUGGGGACCUGUCUGCAAUUGUUCCACUUGACAAUGGUGUUCAAGGGUCGAAUGAUUUUGGUGGGGGUUUGGAUUUGGAUGACCUAGGUGGUAUGGAUUUCUGUUUCAACGAUCUUGAAUUUGAUACAGAUUGGAUCACCAACUAUCUGUAUUUCAGUCAGGAAGAGGAGCCAUUCCUGAGCAGCACAAUUGAUCUUUGUAGAGUUACUUAUGAGUCUGCUAAGAAAACCACGAUUUCUCGUAAGCCUGGGGCAAGAGUUGCUGCUCAUGUUUCAGCAAAUGGUGUUCAGAGGGGAGAUCAGAAAGAAAUCGACAGCAAGAAUCUCGGGGGGACUAGCAUUGUGACUGCGAAAAAUGUGGCUGUGUUUGAUUGUGGAGUUGGGGACCAGUCUGCAAUUGUUCAACUUAACAAUGGUGUUCAAGGGCCGAAUGAUUUUGGAGGGGAUUUGGAAUUAGAUGACCUUGGUGGGUUGGAUUUGUGUUUUAACGAUCUUGAAUUCAACACAGACUGGAUCAGGGACUGUCUGGAUUUCAGUCAGGAUGAGGAGCCAUUCCAGGACAGCACAAUUGAUCUUGGGAAAAGAAAAUUCCAAUCGGAGGAGAACUCGUACCAGGCCAAGAAGAUGUGCCUUGACAAUUAUUAUUAG